UGGCAAGUUGGCAACACAACAUUUUUUGUCGUGUCAAGAGAAUAUAAAAAUAAGUUCUUAAUGUAAUUCAAUGCUGCUGGGUUAAAUUAGUUUACUAAAUAGUGAUAAUUCUGUACUACAACAUCACCAUGCCUCUCGUAUAUCUAAAAGAACUACAGUACGGUCCAACCCUGAAGGUAAUAAUUGUAGCUUCUAACGUUGAAGAUGAUAAUAAUGAAAAAAUAACUGAAACAGUUAUUGUUGAUGAUGUUGAAGAUGAUAAUAAUGAAGAAAUAACUGAAACAAUUAUUGUUGAUGAUAUGGUUGAGGUUGGUUUUAAAUUUAAGUUUAAAGGGAAUAUAACACCAAUUUUAAGGAUUAAAUUGAAAAACUCUAAUAAUCAAGAUACAACAGUUCCAAUUCAUGUAACUUUUUAUGAUGAAUAUAAAGUUAUUUUUAACAAGCAAAUAUUUUGUUCUUCUGUAUGGUUGGAAGCUUCUAUGGGUGAACGACAUGGGUAUGACGACAGUUUCAGAGCUAGAGGCCUGGAUAUAUACUUAUAUUUUUUUGAGAUUGAUAUAACAGUUCAAAAACAGUUUCCUCGGGCCUCCAUACCUAAUAUUAAUAAGCUAUAUGAAGACACAGAAUUUGCUGAUUUUCAACUGCAUGCCGCAGAUGGUAAUGUGCCAAUGCACAAAGCAUAUCUAGCAGCAAACAGUGAUGUAUUCAAAGCAAUGGUUAAGGGAGAGUGGAAAGAAAAGGGAGAAGGACAAAUCAACAUAGAAGGUGUGACCGUGAAAACUCUUCAGCACUUAAAGGACUAUAUGUACCUGGGGAUGUUACCUGAUGAAGACCCAGAAUUAAAAUCACUUCUAGUGGUUGCGGCCCGUUACCUGAUGGAUAACCUUAAAGCUGAUUGCAGUAAAAAACUGAUUCAAACAGUCAAGCCAGAAAGUGUUGAUGGACUUAUUAAAUUUGCUUGUCAGUAUGACAUACCUGAAUUGAUGCAAGCUCUACUAUUGAAUAUUCCAGAUAAAUUAGUGACUAAAUAUUAUGAGUACCAAAACAAACAGAAAGAAUCUACUGAUGAUGGUGACAAUAAAUAGUAUUCUCUUUGUAUCUCUAUGCAAUUUCAGUAUAUAGAUGUUAAGUUGUUUUUAUUCCUGAUGUCCUAUUUCAAUUAUUACAAACUUGCGAUUCAUAUUGUAUGAUUCAAACAAUGAUUAUUCGAUUAAUAUAAGAAGACAUUAUUUUAGUUUACAUUACAUUAUGUUGAUCAGUACUUCAGGUCAUGAUUAAAAUGUUUAAAUAUAAAAUUG